AUGUAAUAAGCUGAGGAAACAUAAGAGAAAAAAGAAAAUGAGAUGUCUCAUAAUAUUUCAGUUUAGAAUUUGAUGGACAAGAUAAAGAUCAUUUUAAUAAUGAGACAAUUAAAAGAGGAUAGCAUUCCGAUUGAGAUCAUUCCCAAUCUGUAUUUGGGCUGUUUGGGAUGUGCAUUAAAUAAAAAGAAACUCUUGGAAUGUAUAUCUGCAAGAUAAUAUUCAUAGCAAACAUUAAAUUUAUUCUGUCUGCUUGUGAAAUGCCAAAGGCGCCAUUUUCUAAUGAUUUUGGAUCUCUGAUAAUCAACAUCAACGAUAGCGUAGAUCAAGACAUCAAAUCAAAAUUUGAUGAGUCUAAUGCAUUUAUUGAAAAUGCUGUAAACACUCAAUAAAACAUCCUUGUUCAUUGGUAUUUAUGAUUAAUAUUCAGUUUUGCUGGAAAGUCGAGAUCAACUACGUUCAUUAUUGCAUACUUAAUCAAGAAUCAUAAAAUGACUGUUAAUGAAGCUUUGGAAUUAGUAAAAACUAAAAGACCAAUAGCCUAACCGAACACAGGAUUCAUGAAACAACUUCAGUAAUAUUAUGAUACAUUAUACAAUAAUAUUGAUGGGAAACAGUAAGAAUGA